CAGUAUCAUUUCCACUAGUGCGAGUGUGGAGUUUACUUCGUCUGUUCGAUUCGUCAUUUCUGCCACUCGCGGUGGUCUUUCUUGUCGCGUCUCUGCUCAGUGAUUGUUCCAUCGAAGAAAAAAGCGAAGCGAAACAUACUGGAUACGUGUACACUCGGGAACAUUAGUUUUUGUCGAUCUCCUUGCAAAAAGAACAGAAUUAAUCCGAAUGUCGUUCGAUCAUUCAUUGACUGCAUAACACGAUGUGUUUAUUGUUUGGUGAAUGUUACAGUGAAUCGAUGUGUUUCGUGUAACGUUGUUCGUCUUGUGAGUGAAUUUUCCCUAAUUGAAGUAAAGAGAUGAGAAAUGAAACGAGGGACAAAAGUAGAAGCUAUCAGCCGCGAAUUGGGUUACGUCCUGUUCGCCUGGCAACGAUAUAUGACGCAACAGCCACCCUUCGUUAGUAUCCGUGAUCCUCGUGAUUUUUACCUGCGGCUUUAAUUGCAACAGGACUUUAAGAUACGCGAAAAAGAAAAAACGCUAAAGUGCUCUCCAUGCAAUCAACUAUCCUCGUUCCAUUAUCUCCAUUGCGCAGUGAGUUUUGGAGGUUAGCUGAUCACAAUUAAGAAAUUUAAACGAAAGCGACACCCACAGAGACAGCCGGAUCAGCUGUUUCCCCAGGACGACCUUUCAACUACGCUUGAUAAUCCAAAUGCCAGUCCAGUACGCGAAUCUUUUGGAAAUCGCCAUCUCGAAAGCUCCUUGGUAUCAGAAUAAAUUAAAACGGAGAAAGGACAAUGUUGUCGUACAUGCUACCGACCGAAGACAAGCCACCACCCGGAGACUCGAAUCAGGGGAAUUACCGCGCUAAUAAGUUGCAGAGGAGCCCGAAGGAACGUGCAUCCGCGGUUGCGAAACCGGUGGGCGGCAAAGUGAUCACGAUCUCCCCGAAAAAAUACGUGGACAGUUCGUCGAAAAUGAUCGUUUCGACGAAGAUCGAGGAGCGCGACGGCGACGAUCAGCGCCAUCUGCAGGACGAACAGCGGCAACAGCAUCAGGGGGUGUUGAGUGAAAGUCCGAAGCACAACGGUACAGUGGUGAAAAAAUCGACUUUGCACACCUCGAAGGUCACUAAAGAUGACAGCCUGUACAGUAUAAACAGCGACGCGAGCACGGUUGGAAGUGAUCGAAAGAGUAAAAUUUUUAACGGGGCGAAGCACACUAGUCUGAAAAGAGUAUCCUUUGGCUCAAGCAAAGGAUCAAUGGUAGAAACUCUAGUGUAUGAGACACCUGUUCAAGAAGAGCCGGAAAUCAAUCGUUUUAUGGAUCACAACGGACGCAUACCCUCCAUGAUUACAUCUGUACCUGAUACCGACGAAGGUAGGGAAAUGGUACGCGUCUCGUUGCUAGGUCCACAACCUUCACCGACAACACCCGGCGUAUUUCAGGUGCAGCCUAUCGCGAUAUCGAGGACUCAACCGAUCGACAUGGACACCGUUCCGGCCGAACUCCUGACCACGCACACCGAACACACAGCUCCCGCCUAUCACACGCAAAUCAGCACGGAUAGUGGUUGGGAUAAUCCAUUCAGACCAGACGGUGACCUUUCGAGGGAAGCUGACGAGAUAGUGGAAUUGAUAAAAGGUGGAAAACCUAUCACUCCGACGCCUGGCCAGACAGCUCCACCAUUGCCGGGAUGCGAUACUACCGACAACGCGCAAACUACUGUUGAUCACGAUUCCAGUUCCAGUCCCUUGCUAAAAUCCUCCGCGAAUUCUACGAAUCGACACGCGAAUUCUUCGCCGAAACCUGGGCAGGAGAAUGGAAACGCCCAUGGAACUCCGAUGAAAGCUGCAACCGCGAAUAGUCAGCAGCCUGUCAACGAUAAGGUUGUCACAUCGUCGAGAGCAGCUACCGUUGAAGUCGCUAGAAUGACAGCGCAGGGACCAGGCGACGCUUCGCAGGUCGAACACGUCACCUUAAAGAAGAAGCCUAAAUGUAAAUGUUGUCUUCUGCAGUAAUGAAAAGAAAGUAAAAGAAACUGUCGCGUGAAUGACUCUCCGAUGAUUCUCCGGGAUGAUUCUCCGCCGUUGAAAGAGAAAAUGCAUCGCAAAUGCAUUUUUGGUCGCCGAUAAAUGUAAAUGGCUCAUGUUUCUCGAAAAAAAAAAAAAGAAGAAGAAAAAAAAAAGAAGUAUGAUCGUUACCACGAGUGCUGCUGAUAAAACGUUAUAACUUUCUCCAGUUGUAUCCAGAAAUGAAUUUCGUGGAGGGAAACGGAAAACGACGUGUCCACGAGGGGGAAAACGAAUUUUCAAGAAUCGUUCUAUUAGGGAACGCGAAUCGGCCCUUGUCGAUUGAAACCGAAGCUGUUGGAAAGAGUGAAGAUUUUUACAAACAAUGGUUGAUGAACGGAUGAAAAGAGAAUUCCGAUAUAUCGGUUGGAACGACGAUGAUAUCGAGUGCGAAUUGACACUGGAAGAUACCUGAAUGAAUGAGCGUAAAAGCACCGAGCCUCUUGAUAGCCUUUCAGAAAGAGACAGUGGAGUGUCUAUAAAAGACUAUAUAAAAGAAGAGAAUAAAAAAAAAUUAUAUAUAUAUAUAUAUAUAUACACAUACACACUCACACACACACAUAAAACUAUAUUGUAGAUACAGAAAUGGUAGUUAUAUAGCUUAUAUGCUUUUACUAUUGUGGUUAAUUACUUGUCAAAAUUAUCGUGAUUUCGAGGAUGUGUUUGCGCAUCGUUUGUGCGUGAAACUGCGAGACGCGAGCGUGAAAGAAAGAAAGAAAGAAAAAGAAAGUCGUCGCAGUUGCACGGAAAUGUUUAAAAAAAAAAAAAAACUUAUCGAGUUACAGAACAGCUAUUUACUUCGUUGGACAUCGAUAUAAUAUGUCGUAUAGAUUCAUAGACUCGUUUUUACUAAAGGAAGAAAAAAAAAGGAAAAAAAAAGAAAAAAAAAAACUCAGAACUUCUAUAUAGGCAAAAAUCUUUUACGAAAUUUUUUAACAUCGCGUUUAGAACGUGCGCUGUUAAAAGCUGUACGAUAAAAAAAUGAUAGAUGAUAUAGAGAAGCGCAACUCUGAUGAAAAGAAGAAAGUUGUCAAGUUGGCCAUUUUUUUUUUUUUCCCUCUUGGCUAAGUAUAAAAAAUACACGCGUAGAAUUUUCUCCCUUUUCGAGGGAGAGAAGUACCGUCUAUCGUACUGCUUUACUUUGGCACACAGAUUUCCUUUUGUUUCAUUGCUAUUGUUUUGUCUACACCUCGCAUUGAAAAAACGCAAACCUCUCGAGAGAAAAAAAGAAAAAAAAAAAAGAAGAAAACUCUUAUUAAAUUAAAGCGAGCUGGCGCUCGCCAGUCCAAACGCGUGAGUAACUAAUUCAGGAUCGUCAAAUAAAUGAAAUGUGUAAAUAUCGUGAUAUUUUUUGAACAAAAAGUGUGAUUGUCGGCGAUCCGAAAAGUGCGAGAACGCGUUAACGUUCUAUUAUAUGGACAAACGUAUUCGACGACAGCUUGCUCUCCGCAUUCUAUUCUAGUUUUUCGAUUAUUCGCAGCGAUAUAAGUUAAAUUGUACAUCAAGAAAACUCGUGACGAUAACUCGUGAAACGGCAGAGCGUGUGUGCUAUUCCUUUCUCGAGAUAUUUUUAUUUUUCUUUAACGAUCAUGCACGUGUUUACAAAUUAUUUAUUUAUUUUUUAUCGGUGUGUUUUUAUUUCGACGCAACCUUUCGUCGCUUCAUUCGUUUUGUUUUACUUGUAUUAGCAUGUAUUUACGCGUAUUUCAAAACGAAAUCUUUUUAACGAUAUAUAAAUCUAAAGAGAUACGAUAUUAAAAUAAAAUAAAAUACCGAAAAAAAGACGCGAAACGUGUAUUAUACGUAUAUAGAAACGUUUUGGUGUUUCUUGGAAGGAAAAAACCGUUGAUCGGUUCUGUGCAUACUCGUUAUGUAAGGAACGAGAAAAGAAAAGAAAAAAAAAAAAGUUGAAUCAUGUUUUUUCACUGCACGAGAAGAACUGUUCGCUUCGUGAAUCGUUCCUUGUACAGAAAGAGAGGGCGCAACAGUUCGCGCCCUCUAUCGAGGAUUGCUUGGUCGCAUUAAUGGCUGUAAUGUGUGUGCGUGAUGCGUGUCUGCGCGAGUGCCUGUAUUUUUUAAUAUACAUAUCCGCAUAUUUUUUCUAGAUUGCCGGAAUAAAAGAUAUUUAUAAAAAAUUUCUCUGCGAUAUUUGGUAAAGGAGGAUGGAAUAAAGAACA